GCCAAUUUGCGUAGCAAGACUUCAAUUUUCCUGACGAGCCUGUCAUCCAAAGUUCGCCCCAAUCCCAUUUUUUCUGUCACUGCUAUCCUGAUUCAGCUCGUCACUGCCGUCUUCAUCAAUUUUCUUGCUGCCAGGGGAGUAGAGAAUCAAGAACAGCAUUACAAAAUCUCCAUACUCAUCUGAUUUUUUGAUUUGUCCAUCUUCCUUAUUCACCAUCAAGAUGCCUAGAAUCCCUAGAUGACUCAAAUUAGAUCUCACCUUGGGGUCACGUAGUAUUAAACCCAGCAACCAGAUGCUCCGCCAAUCAAGCUUGUGUAUAAUCCUCCACCGCGGCACUGCACCGCCACACCAUGAUAGUCAUAGCCAACCAUCAAAGCAGACCCCCGUGAAGGAUAAUGCCUCCCCGAGAAACUUCAACCACCAUCAAACACCAGAGGCAUCCAAGUGAAAACGGCACACCGAACUCGGAAAUCCUAAUGUGAGGGCUUCCAGGCCCCAAUUUUUUUUCUUACGAUCUAGUAGAUUCAUAUUAAUUAUUUGUGCAAUUAUAUUUACAUUAAACUCUAGAUUUUUGAAAAGUUCUCUCUCUAGGCCGAUAACCCUUAGUUAGUUUUGUCCGCCUUCGGUCAUAUCAAAGGGCGAGUUUUAUUGGUUGAUUAGGGUGGUGUUGUCUGGAGGUUAGGGCGGUGCUGUUUGGAGGGUUCGGAUUGGUGGAGAGGGUGGUGGUUUUGGUUUUAUAGCCAGGCUAUUCGGGGAGGUACGAAGACUUCAGAUUGCCGAUUGAUAGCAGUAGCAGGGUCUAUGGCGGAGGUUUUAUAAAAGGCUUAUGGAAAGUGUUGUUGAUCGCUACAAGCAGAUGGCAAUAGGUGACGACGAAGAGGAGCUGAAUCUCGAUGAAGGGGAGAUUGAAGGUAGUCCGGUGGAGGAGGCGGCGAUCGGUUUCCCAGUGAUCGGCCAGGUGUUGACUGACCGCAAGGUCAAGUUCCCGGAUCUCAAAGAGACGAUGCUUACGCUUUGGAGGCCGGGGAAAGAUAUGUCGGUGAAAGAAAUCGGUGAAAAAAGGUACUUGUUUUCGUUUAAUCUUCGUUUUGAUAUGAAGCAUGUGCUUGAUGGAGGUCCUUGGCAGUUUGAACGUAGUCUGGUAAUGUUAAAAGAAGUAAUGCCUGAUGAUAUCCCACAUAAAAUUAUAUUAAAUGAGGCUGGGUUUUGGGUCCAGAUUCAUAAUGUUCCCUAUAGUCUUGUUAAUCCGGGUAUUUCCAGGCGUGUAGGAAAUUUCAUAGGGGAAUUUGUUAAAUAUGAUGAUAACCAGAAGAAGGAUUGAUUAGAGCCAUAUAUGAGGGUUAGAAUUCUUAUGAAGAUGGAUAAAUCGCUGAAGAAGGGGACAUAUCUGAAAAAAGAUGGUAAAAGUUUUUGGAUAGAUUUUAAAUAUGAAAGAUUACCCAACUUUUGCUUUAUCUGUGGUUUGAUUGGACAUUCAAAUAAUUUUGUCCCUUAAAUUAUGAAGAAGGCAUAGUCUUAGAAAAAAGAUUUGGAUCCUAACUUAGAGCAGGAAGCGGGGUGAGGACAAGCCCGACAGGAGGGCAUAAUUGGCUUUUGGAGGGUUCAUCGAGCUCUGCCAGAAUGGGUGGCGGUUCAGGGGCAUCCAAGUCAGAUGGAAAGAUUGUAGAAAAGGAGAAAGUGUCAAUGACUGAAUCAGCCCAAAGUUAUACACAAGGAGGGGAGGAGCCAAAAGAAGAGGUUUCUAAGAGGAGGAAGAUCUAGGAAACUCAGACAGAGAAGGAGCAAGUGGAGGACACCAUGGCUAUGGAUGGGGCAAAAAACGGGGAGGAUGAGGACUCCAUAAGCCCGCCGAAGAUGUUGGUUGAAGGUUGGAGGCCGCAAGUCAGAGGGAUGGUUCGAGUGUUCUGGAUGCGACAGAGGCCUCCUUUGGAGAAUGGGCAGAGGUAUGUGCGACAAGUUACCUAGGGAUGAACUUUGUAUUUUUGUCAUUACUUGUUGGAGCCUUUGGAUAGCUCGAAAUGAUAAAACUUGGAGAAAUAGUAGCUCAAAUUGGAGUGGUGUUAUAGCUUGUGGUGGUGCGGUGAUGGCAGGAUGGAGGAAUGCACAGGAUACGGCGAUGAAGACGUGCACUCGGAUAGAAAGUUAGAAGAGAUGGGAGAAGCCGGAGUUGGGCUUUGUUAAAAUCAAUGUUGAUGUCGCUCUCCAAGCAAAUGGUGACGGGCGUGGCAUCAGGCUUGUUGCUAGGGGCGACAGUGGGGAGUUCCUUGCAGCAAAAAGUGUAGCAUUGCGAGGUCGCUUUUCACCAAGCACUAUGGAGCCCAUGACGAUUGAAGAGGCGGUUAGGUGGGUUGUUGACUCGGGAUGGAAAAAGUUAGAGUCGGAUGCUCAGCAAAUUGUUCAAGGACUUGCCCGUGAGGAGGGGCUACACUACCAUGAUGUUAUUUUUAAAAAUAUUAGACAUAUGAUGGCAAAUAUUGCUAAUGUAAUGUCCAAUAUUGCACCGGUCAGUGAAUAAACUUGCUCAGUGCUCACACUCUUGCUAGAGAAGUCUGUUCUGGGUCUGACGGUAUUUGGGUUCUUCAUCCUCUGAUUGUAUUGUUCAUGUGUUGAGAAUUGAUGAGUAAUAAAGUUAUUUGAUUUUCAAAAAAACUUUAUUUAUUAAGGACAAGUAGAAUAUAUAAAUGUCCUCAUACCAUAAUACCUAGAUUUCCCUAGCAGACAAUAGUAAUACAAUAUACGAUAGUAUCUAGAGUUCAAUCCGUGAAUUAUCCGCAACCCUAUAUCAACGUGUUUUAACAGGUAUAUAUGUCAAAACAGAGUGAUGACUUUGUAAAUUUAUAGUGGUGAAUUUACAAAUGAAAAUAAAUCUUCGAAA